AUGGUUACUGCUAAAUGGAAAACUGAUGUCACUCUGCCAUCUGGAUUGACAGUGGCCACAUGCAGUGAGUGUGGUGGCAGUGGAGUGGUAAGAGAGACUGGAACCCAAGCACUGAAUGGGGAAAGCCUGAUACCAUCUCACUUAAGUCAAAUUUAUCAUGAAUUGUCUGUCAUAUAUCAAAAGCUGCAGCAAGAAAGUCUAACUCAGCAAGAAUAUUCUUUAAAACUUGAACAGCGAGAAUGCUUCUUAGCUGAACGAGAAGCCUUGCUUUGUAAACACGAAGCCGCUUUGACUAAGAUACGAGGCGUUGAGGAAAAAGUUCAUGCAAAACUUCAAAUUAUAAAGGAGCAACAUGAAGCAGCAAUUCAACAGUUGUCUGAAGCCUUGAAAGAAAAAACAAAGGAAAACAAGAGGCUCAGAUCAUCAUUUGACACUCUCAAGGAACUGAAUGACACUUUAAAAAAACAGUUAAGUGAUGUGAGUGAACAAAAUAGGAAGAUAGAAGCCCAGUCUCGCAAAGUACAAGCUCGUUUGGAGAAUCUGCAGAGAAAACACGAAUUUUUAAUAAUACAGAAGUCUAAAGAAGCUUCCCGUGCAGCCCAGGAACAUAAACCGAUCAGGCCAGAAAAAGUGACAGCCGUGUCAAAAACUUGUAAGGUGCCGCUUAAUUUACGCAUCUAUGACCUUUUAACUGUGCUAAUGGACUGGAUCUCAGAUCAGCACCUCAGCAAGCUGAUGCAUGAGGAUGAGAAAGAAAACAUCUGUAAGCCAGCAGGCACACUUUCUUCCAGCAGAAGCUACACACAGGGAAAAUGCAUCAAGAUCUUGCCUCUAGUUGCUGAGCAGCUUCAGUGGAUGCCCUUUGUGAAUCCUAACUUGCACAUGCAUGUGGUUAAAUUUAUUUAUUGGGCUAUCAGGCAAUUAGAUGGUGGGACACAGUACACAACGAUGAUAUCAACAAUGAGAAGAUUGGGUGAAGACUUGUUUAAAGGCAUUUCACCAAAAGGAAGUCAAUAUGUUUCUUCUGAACAUGCUGCUGAUCUUAAACUUAAGACAGCAACUUUCUUUAAGAGUGGAAGUGUACCAUUAAGAGUUGUGUCAACAUUAAUUAUAAUCAAAACGGUGACACAGGCUGAUUACUUGGCUCAAGCCUUUGAUACACUUUGCAUGGAUCUGAAGACAGAUGAAGGAAAGGCCUUGUUUCUGGACUAUCAAGCAGUGCCUAUUAUACUGAGUCACAUAAAAAUAUCAAGUAAAGGUCUGCUUUCCAGUGCCAUUGACAGUUUACUGCAGAUGACAACAGAAUCCAGGUUUCUGCACCAGUUCCUAGAAGCGUGCAGCAGUGAGUCCUUUUUCCGUACUUGUUCAGUGCUACUUCGAAACUCUAAAUUAGAUAUACCGGUUCUGGAAAAACUCAGCAUUCUACUACAAAAGCUCUCGAAAAUUAAGAGUAAUAAGAAGAUGUUUGAACUGUUUACUAUUCACCUGAUGAUUCAAGAACUACAGAGGACAGCACAUCCCGAGCAUGCCUUUUUAUGCAUUAACCUCAACUCCAUUCUGUUUAAUUUGGGUUUGACAAAAGGCGGCAGCCCUCUUGCCAGCAGUCUGAACACACAUCAGUAA